GACCUAUAAUUAAUUUACCAAAUUUUUGUAAAUACAAAAGUAUCUCAUGAAUUAUUUAAAACGCUAACAAAACUAUUUUAUCGUAUUUUUUUCUAAAAGGACCCACCCUCAAGACAAUCUUGGCUACGCCCCUGGUACCAACUCCAUAAUCCAAACAUUAGCAAAGCCCAAUAGGAUCGUGGAAAACAGAUACGGGAGCCCAGCUCAAAUAUCUUCACGAAGGAGCAACGUACGCAGAACGUUAUCCACAAACGCUUAACGAAUCUGCCAAGAACGUAAGAACCAAAACAGAGAAGCUGUUUCUACACAAACACAACGCCUGGCUUUGAUACCAUUAACGUUACUGGCGACGAUGAACUGCACAUCCCAGUUGCAAUCUCCAUUCCUUUCCCUUGCCGGCCCAUAUUCACUCCCUAAACACACCAAUCAGCCAUGGAAUUCCCCGACACUGCUCUCGCCUUCACGGCCGAGGAAGGAAGUCGACGGCUGGAACGUGAGAACCACUACAACUACUACUCCGACGACUACGACACGAGCCAUGUCCAGUUCUUCCCUCGACUACCUUGUCCUCGGAGUUGCCACAGCGAAACGCGGGGACAUAGCUGUGCUGUUACCCACGGGAGGUUUGCUUCUGUUCUUUUACGUGAUAUCCAACUUCGUCUUCCCGCAUUUCUUGAUGAAGUACUAUGAGUCUGAAGCAGCCAAGGACGAAGACAAUGCCACUAUCAAGACUUCUUCCGAUGACGACUGAAAUCUCCUUCCAUUUUCAGACUUUCUGCCCUCGGUCGCAGUCAGCAGAUGUAGCAGGAAGAUUACUCAAAACAGGAAAAUCACGGAUUCUCAAUUGUAUUUUCUCUUUUUUGCCUAAAUUUGUAUUAUAACACAUUUCGUGCAAGUAACAGGGUUCUGCUGAUAUUCUGCCUAAAACCCGGGGUAAAAAACAGGCCGAACGAGUGUGUGGAUUUACAGAUGAACAUGAUUUUAAACAAAAAAACAGGGAGACA